AUGCAAGCCGUCCUGGGACUCGAUGCAUUUGCGAACGAUACGCUCUCACUCCCAGGGGCUACAUCAUAUGUUGCCGCUGUGGGAUUCCCCACCUCGGCCUUCGUCUCCUACUACGAAUCACCGGCUCUUCCCACCAGAGAGCCCCAGCCCAUCAUUUACGAUCCUGUGCUAGACCUUGUUUUCCCCUACGAGCUGACCAACCCGGAUUUCAUCCCAGAAAACUCCGAUGAGGUCUUCUUCCCCGUUCCGAAAGCCAGGUUGCUUGCUCCGGAAACGCGUGCUCUCAUUGACGGUGUCGUGGCCAAUGUGUCUGAGAUAAUCAACGCAAAGAAUGAAAAUAAAGAGAGCAAUUGCGAUAAAUGCAAGCGAGCGUUGGCUGCUGCCAAGCCCGCUGCUUUGUUCACUCCUCAGAUGGUUCCCGGUGCCAUAAUUGACAUGUGCAAGAGCUUUGCCUUCCAAACGAAUGAAACUUGUGAAGCGAUGUACGCCUGGAACACGCUCGGUCCGACCUGGACUCAGGUACUAGCGUAUGCUGAUGUGGAGGGUCUUGAUGGUGAAUUUAUUUGCAACAAUAUUGAUGCCAGUUUCUGUCCUUCGCCCCAUGCUCAGCCAUUGGAUGCUCGCGGCUUAUUCCCGAAGCCCAAACCAGCAAACCUCUCCAUCCCCAAGGCUAGCGGAAACCGAGUAAAGGUACUGCACAUGUCUGAUUUGCACCUCGACGCUCGCUUCGGGGUCAACUCCGAGGCCGAUUGUACGUCGGGCCUGUGCUGUCGAACCGACAACCACAAUCAGAACUCUGUGGAUGAUAUUUUGCUACCUGCCUCUCCCUACGGUUCUUUCCACUGUGAUUCCCCAUAUGAUCUGGCCCUCGCCGCAUUGCAGGCUGUCGGCCCUUUGACUGGCACGGGGAAAGAUGAAGAUUCAUGUGGAAUCAAGGGGUCUCUUGCCUUCACCAUAUACACGGGUGAUCUCGAGUCGCAUGAUCCGCUCCCGCAAAAUUCACGGCGAUACCUCGAGUACAUCGAAACGGCCAUAUUUGACAUGUUCAAGCACUUUCUCACGGGCCCUGUCUUUGUUUCCUUGGGAAAUCAUGACUCGGCACCCUCUGACAUUGAUGCAGCGCAUAGUCUUCCAGGACGUCUUGGACAACAGAUGAGCUGGAACUACAAACAUGUGUCUAGUCUCUGGGAGCAUGAGGGGUGGAUUAGCCAUCAGGAUGCGAAAGAGGCACCAACCCACUAUGGUGGAUAUUCCAUCAUGACACAUUAUGGAUUGAGAAUCAUUUCGCUAAAUACAAAUCUCUGGUACAAGCGCAACUUUUUCAACUUCAUCAAUACAACCGACCCCGAUGCCUCUAAGAUGCUUUCCUGGCUCAUUGAGGAGCUUCAAAAGGCAGAAGACAAGGGCGAACGUGCUUGGAUCAUAGGUCAUAUUCUCACUGGGUGGGAUGGCUACAAUGCGAUGCCCAAUCCAACAAACCUCUUCUACCAGAUUGUCGAGCGGUAUUCGCCCCAUGUGAUAGCCAACAUCUUCUUCGGUCAUACGCACGAGGAUCACUUCAACAUCUACUAUGUGAAUAACGGGACGGAUCAAACAGCAGAAACUGCUCUCAACACUGCGUGGAUAGGGCCGAGCGUAACGCCUCUGACAAACAUAAACAGCGGAUUCCGGAUGUACGAAAUUGAUACAGGCGACUUCAACAUCUAUGAAGCGUACACCUUUUACAGCAAUGUAUCCGAGUAUCCAAGUCUUCAGAACAAGGGUCCAACCUACAAACUCGAAUACUCCACCCGCGACACAUACGGCCUUGCUGCUGAAUGGCCGCAAGACGCACCUCUAAACGCGACCUUCUGGCACCGUGUGACUGAGGGAAUGGAAAAAGAUCUGAGCUUGGUUAGUUGGCAAAACACUCUCCAGGGGAAAAUGAGUGUGAAGAGUCCAAACUGCACGACGGAGGUUUGCCAGAGAGCCAAAAUAUGUUACAUGCGGAGUGGGAGUACGCCACUAGGCUAUUUAUGCAAGCAAGGGUAA